GCUGCACUGACAGGACGCCCGGUCACCCAGGGGGGUCGCCCGGAACCCACUGGUUGACCCACCAGGUCGGCCGCCCCCCGCCCCCCAUACAUCCCUAUUUGUAGAAAACCCGCGGGUCUACGGGGCCGGGCCCCGAGCUGACCAAUCACAUGCGUCCAUUUUUGAAGCAACCAAUCACAGCAAGCAACGUCUUGUGCAACCGAUUCCCCGCUCGACGAUGGCGUCGACUGCACCCGCCCGAUCAUACACCAGCUCGAGCCGGCGCUGCUCAGAGUCGUCAACCACGCCUCGAGCACGACGGCUGACAUCCUCAAGGACCGGUACCUGGCAUGAAGGCUGCCGACACGUCAGUUUUCUGUCGACAGUUCGACUCGCUCGCGGAUUUCCGCACAGCGGCCGCGAACGUCGGCCACGUGGCAGCGCGGCCUGCGCCGACGACAUUCCACGGUGCGCAGGCGAUCGCAGCCGGCCGCGUGCCCGUGCGUGGCGUCAACCUUAGGCGGCUGCCAGGCGAGCAAUGGAUGAGUCCGCGCUCUGACAUUUGGAAGGACCUGCCGGCGAACGCGACGUGGACCGAGGUCGACGCGGCGGCAGCGUACGCGUCGGCGGCCGCCGGCGUGAAAGGCCAGCUCGGCGCGCGCUCUGAGGCGCUUUCGGCGAACAACAAUGCAGCCUCCGUUGAUCCAGGUAUCGCCGAAGUCGCGGUCGGGAACGAGACGCCGAUCGACGAGCUGCUCGGCGCCGCAGCAGCAUUUCAAGCUGGCGAUCUCCCGGACGUCCAAAUCGGUUUCGACGCCAACGAGACCUGUCUUCCCAAGUGGGAUGUCUUCCAGCACGUGCUCAAGAGCAACAACGACUACGUCUCCUUCCGCGGCGACGAAGUAAAGGCCGUUUUCAACACCGUUUGA